ACUGCUUUCAUCAGAGCUGGGGAGAAGUCAACACCGGCUGCCCGGAACACCUCGUCUGGCCUGUUGGCAACAGCACGCGACUGGGAGCUGUCAGUUGAUCUGGGAAAGCAGUUGAAGUUCCCUGAUGUGGUUGCUAAAACAACACUAAGGCCAGAUAUUGUGCUCACCUCAGUGGCCUCCAAGCAGGUAAUCCUCUUGGAGCUCACAGUGCCUUGGGAGGACCGUAUGGAGGAGGCCAAUGAGAGGAAGAGUGCAAAGUACUCUCAGCUUGUGGAGGAGUGUCGGAGCAAUGGGUGGCGAGCGAUGUGCCGGCCGGUUGAAGUGGGGUGUCGAGGGUUUGUGGGCAAAUCUCUCUGCAGGGCCUACAGAAUGCUUGGCAUCACAGGGGCCAGCCAGCAAAGGGCCAUGAAGUUAGUCACAGAUGCAGCAGAAGUGGCAUCAAGGUGGCUGUGGAUCAGGAGGGGAGAGGCGUGGCAUGUAGGGCAGUAGCGCUACCUGGACACAGGCUGGGGCCUGAUCAACCCUGGCUGGGUCGCCUAGGGGAGGGGGUCUGAUUGUUGAAAGACCCGAAACCCCCUGUGAUCCUAGGUUACAUCACUGAGGAUGUGUCCAGUUGCACCAUUGGUGUAUUUAAAAAGUUGCUUUUCUGGGACAACCAGUGACUACCAGGAACAGUCUGGUUGACCACCAAGUAUAGAUUGGUGACAGCUGGAGAGACAGCGGACAGCCCGGAAAGACGGCACCGGGGCAGUGAGGGGUAGCAUCCCGAGCUGCACCUUCUGAGAGGAAGGAACCCACAACAAGCUACGAAUCGACCUACAGGAAAUAUACCCCCAGGGAUUCCCGAGAGGGGGGGCGGAAGAGAAUCCCACUGGACGGAUCAAAGGUUGACGACACAUGGCAAUGGUAACACGACGACGACUAUGGAAUGCAUAUGUGGGAAGGUAUGCAAGAACCGACAUGGCCUGCGGAUCCACCAGGCCAGGAUGAAGUGUAUGCAGAAGGUGGUAGAAUCACAGCGCACAGGAACUACGCCUGGUGAGACGCAGGAGGAGCCAGGCCCGGAGUCACCCCACAGUGCCCGGAGCCUCCAGGUGAUGCAACCACCAGAAGCACACAGGACAUCAGAACAUCGUCGGGUAAAGUGGCCCCAAGCUAGCAAGGAGAAAGAGUGGCUCCAGUUUGAUGAAGAUGCUGAUACCAUCUUAGAAACAACAGCCAAAGGGGACGCUGAUCGACGCCUCAAGACGAUGACCACGAUCAUCAUCAGCCUCGCUGCAGAGAGGUUUGGACUUGAGGAGAAGCGGGCAGCGAAGCCCCCCUACAUCAUGAACAAUAGAGCGAGUAAAAUCCAUCAGCUCAGGCAGGAACUGAAGUGUUUAAGACAGCAGUUCAAGGUUGCACGUGAAGAGGAUAGGGGGCCUCUUGCGGAACUACGUUGUAUAAUCCGCAAGAAGCUAAUAACCUUGAGGAGAGCGGAGUGGCAUAGGAGGAGGAGGAAGGAAAGGUCCAGGAGGAGAGCUGCCUUUCUGGCGAAUCCCUUUGGAGUCACAAAACAGCUGCUAGGACAGAAGCGAAGCGGUAGACUGGCCUGCUCCAAAGCUGAGGUCGACCACCACCUCAAGCAAAUUUACAGCGAUGGAUGCAGAGAACAAGACCUAGGCCCCUGCAGGUCCUUGAUCAAUCCACCAACACCAACGCUUGACUUCGAUGGGAAAGACCCCGGCUGGAAGGAAAUCCAGGAGGUGGUCCGCAGGGCAAGGACGAGCUCUGCUCCAGGGCCCAGUGGAGUACCUUAUAAGGUCUAUAAGAACUGUCCAAGACUACUCCACAGACUCUGGAGAAUCUUGAAGGUGAUCUGGAGGAGGGGCAAGGUAGCAGACCAGUGGAGACAGGCAGAGGGUGUGUGGAUCCCAAAGGAGGAGAAGUCUAAGAACAUCAAUCAGUUCCGAACCAUCUCGUUGCUGAGUGUUGAAGGGAAGAUCUUCUUCAGCCUCAUGGCCAGGCGACUGACAGACUACCUCCUGAAGAACUCCUACAUUGAUACAUCGGUCCAGAAAGGAGGGAUCCCAGAGGUAUCUGGAUGUCUGGAGCACACAGGCGUGGUCACUCAGCUCAUCAGGGAAGCCAGGGAGAAUAAGGGGGACCUGGCUGUUCUGUGGCUGGACCUCGAAAAUGCCUAUGGAUCCAUACCCCACAAGCUGGUCGAAGAGGCACUGAAUCGGCAUCACAUUCCAAAGAAGUUCAGAGACCUCAUUCUGGACUACUAUGCCAACUUCCAUCUAAGAGUCUCCUCCGGAAAAACAACCUCCGACUGGCACAGGCUUGAAAAGGGGAUCAUCACUGGCUGUACGAUCUCAGUCAUCCUCUUUGCGCUCGCCAUGAACAUGCUGGUGAAGUCUGCGGAAGUUCAGUGCAGAGGUCCCCUCUCCAGGUCUGGAGUCCGGCAGCCACCCAUCCGAGCCUUCAUGGACGACCUGACAGUGACCACUACAUCCGUCCCAGGUUGCAGGUGGAUCUUGAAUGGCCUUCAGGAGGUGAUUUCCUGGGCUCGCAUGAACUUCAAGCCGGCCAAGUCGAGGGUCCUAGUGCUAAAGAAAGGAAAGGUUACUGGCAAGUUCUGCUUCUCACUUGGCACCACCAAAAUACCAUCACUCACCGAGGAACCUGUGAAGAGCUUGGGAAAGGUGUUUAAUUGCAGCCUGAGAGACGCAGCCUCCACAAGAUCGACCAACCAAGACCUGGAGACCUGGCUGACCGUGGUGGAUAAGUCUGGCCUUCCUGGCAAGUUCAAGGCCUGGAUUUACCAGCACGGGAUUCUCCCUCGGAUCCUCUGGCCCCUCAUGGUGUACGAAGUCCCCAUUUCAACGGUGGAAGGCUUUGAGAUGAGGGUCAGUAGGUUCCUGCGCAGGUGGCUAGGACUGCCGCGAAGCCUGAGCAGCAUUGCUCUAUACGGGCAUAACAACAAACUGAAGCUCCCCAUCAGCAGCCUGAGCGAGGAGUUCAUGGUGACACGGUCCAGGGAGCUCCUACAGUAUCGGGAGUCCAGUGACCCAAAGGUUGCACAGGCUGGGAUUGAAGUCAGGACGGGGCGGAAGUGGAGAGCUGUCGAGGCUGUGGAUGUUGCAGAGGCAAGGCUACGGCAAAAGGUUUUGGUGGGAACAGUGGCGCAGGGGAGAUCUGGCUUAGGUAGCAGAAGAACACCUCGCUAUGACAAGGCGCAGGGGAAAGAGAAGAGGUCACUGAUCCUCGAGGAAGUGCGAGCAGGAGUUGAGGAAAGGCGAGCCUGCCAGAUGGCGGGAAUGCGGCAACAGGGCGCCUGGACGAGAUGGGAACAAGUAUCAGAGCGUAAGGUCACAUGGACCGAGCUCUGGAAAGCCGAACCCCAUCGAAUAAAGUUCUUGAUCCAGGCGGUCUACGAUGUGCUGCCAAGUCCAUCCAACCUCUUCACCUGGGGAAAGGUGGAGACACCAGGGUGCCCCCUCUGCCAGAGGAGAGGAACCUUGGAGCACAUCCUAAGCUGUUGUCCAAAAGCCCUGGGUGAAGGGCGGUACCGCUGGCGACAUGACCAGGUCCUGAAGGCCAUAGCUGAUGCCAUCUGCAGGGGAGUCAGUCACAGCAAGAGCCUCCGCCCAGUGAAGAGUACUGCUUUCAUCAGAGCUGGGGAGAAGUCAACACCGGCUGCCCGGAACACCUCGUCUGGCCUGUUGGCAACAGCACGCGACUGGGAGCUGUCAGUUGAUCUGGGAAAGCAGUUGAAGUUCCCUGAUGUGGUUGCUAAAACAACACUAAGGCCAGAUAUUGUGCUCACCUCAGUGGCCUCCAAGCAGGUAAUCCUCUUGGAGCUCACAGUGCCUUGGGAGGACCGUAUGGAGGAGGCCAAUGAGAGGAAGAGUGCAAAGUACUCUCAGCUUGUGGAGGAGUGUCGGAGCAAUGGGUGGCGAGCGAUGUGCCGGCCGGUUGAAGUGGGGUGUCGAGGGUUUGUGGGCAAAUCUCUCUGCAGGGCCUACAGAAUGCUUGGCAUCACAGGGGCCAGCCAGCAAAGGGCCAUGAAGUUAGUCACAGAUGCAGCAGAAGUGGCAUCAAGGUGGCUGUGGAUCAGGAGGGGAGAGGCGUGGCAUGUAGGGCAGUAGCGCUACCUGGACACAGGCUGGGGCCUGAUCAACCCUGGCUGGGUCGCCUAGGGGAGGGGGUCUGAUUGUUGAAAGACCCGAAACCCCCUGUGAUCCUAGGUUACAUCACUGAGGAUGUGUCCAGUUGCACCAUUGGUGUAUUUAAAAAG